CGCCAUUGACGAAAUACACAGGAAGUAUAACUUUGUCGUUGAAAAAAGAACGAACGAAAACUUUUAUAAAGAGAUAGAAUCUUGGAAUACCUGUGCAGAUGCCCCCGAAAACAAAAAAACGAGCUCGGGGGGAUUUAAAGAUCGCCAAGGAAGAUUGGACACUUCCUUGUGAAUGGGGUGACUGUCAUGACAUCUUCACGGAAAUGGAGCUGUUUCUCCGACAUAUGUCGAACCAUCUCUGUCAAACAGAUACAACAACAGAGGAUGGGCACCAGUGUUGUUGGAGAGAAUGUGGUACGGAGGUUCAGGGCGAGAAUUACGACUUUUACCGACACGUUUACUUCCAUUCUUUCCAUGUGAAGAUCAAAUGUAUCGGUUCACUAUUGAUCAACAAGCUGGGAAUGGACAAUUGUCUACUGGAUACCCACACACGGAACCUGAUCCCAGAACUUCCGGAACGACUCCAGUGCGGCUGGCACAUGUGUGAGGCAGUAGUGGACAACCCCGAGAUGUUUUAUCGCCACGUAGAUAAUCACGCUGACAACUGUACGGAAGGAAAGAAAUCAAACCGUAAAAAUGCUGCCACAUCAAAUGCUAAAUGUGAAUGGGAAGCCUGUGACUUUGUAGCAGAAAAUAGAUGGCGACUGAAGGAACACCUACGGAGCCACACACAGGAGAAGGUGAUAGCAUGUCCAACCUGUGGUGGACUCUUCUCAGCCCGCUGUAAAUUCAUAGACCAUGUGAAACGCCAGGCAGAGACAGAGGUCCAGUGUUACCAGUGUUCCCACUGCAACAAGAGAUAUUCCACAGAGAGGCUGCUGCGGGAUCAUGUCCGUCACCAUGUGAACCAGUACAAGUGUCCAUGCUGUGAGAUGACAUGUCCCACACCAUCAAGUCUCAAGUCUCACCUGCGAUACCGUCACACUAACGACAAACCGUUCAAGUGUCAGCACUGUGAACACAGUUGUAAGACUGCUGCAGACCUACGGAAACACAUGGAUAGCCAUAGUGUGGAGGUGCCAUUCCGCUGUCACGUACCAGACUGUGACUACGGGGCACGGACUUACAGCAGUCUGUCGAACCACUUCAAACGUACUCACCAGGAGGUGGAUGUCCAGAAGUACGCCUGCCACGUGUGUAAGUCAGUGUUCAGCCGAGGCUCAAAGUUAACUGUCCACCUGAAAAAACGACACAAAUUCCGAUGGCCUUCUGGUCAUUCUCGGUUCAGAUACAAGUUGCAUGAGGACGGGUUUUGGAGGCUACAGACCGUUCGUUAUGAGAGUAUACAACUCACAGAACAGGUAACAGACGAUUCAAACCCAUCCACGGAUCCAAAACAACCUUCAACCUCCGCUGACUCUCAGUCUUCACAUGCAGCCGGAUCAGCCGAGCAGGAGCAAUCUGAAUCUAAUGCCAUGGAAACAGAAACAGAAGAUACUGAAAACAAUAUACAAACUUUAGAAAUCACUAUGGUAACCAAUGAUGAUGACGGGUCAUCACAGGUGGACGGAGAAAGCUCCAUCACUUACAUUGCUAUGCCGAUCGAAUUAGAUGCUUCUAAAUCUGGAGGGGGAGAUUUAACAGCAGAGUCUUUUGGUACGGUAACAGAUAUCAGGAUUUUAUCCGCCGAAGUAACUCCCGGUACUAACUCCUCUAUCAACACUACACCUCCUCUCUCUGAAACUGGAUUUGUCGUAAACAUUCCGUCUGAGGAAAGAUCCCUUGACAAAUUGCAGACAGUUAAAGCAACUUACAAUAAGAAAGGUCAAGAGAAUGACCUUGAAAUGUCCUAUAAUCUUGAAAUGCUUGGGUAUGUGGCUAUGCGAGCCACCAACCAGACAACCGACCAAGGGCCAUCACAUUCCAAUGCUGAAGUUGAAGAACAGUCCAGUCCGAGCAAGCCUGGCACCUACAAAACUCUGAGGAGUGAGGAUCUAUGAACUUUAACCAUACCUACAUAUACAGAGUAGUUAGGACUUGUAGUACAGGUCUGGGAAGGGAGCUGGCAAUAGGACUCUGUAAGAGUUAAAAAAAUUAGUGGUGAUCAGAAACGGUAGAGUGCUACAGGACACCAAGGAAAUAUGAUUAAUAAAUAGUAGGUUCUUGAUUCUCAAAAUAUGCUGAGGAGUUUUGUACUAAAGAACUUUUUUUUUUUCCUUUUGUUUUUAACUAAUGUCUUUAUUCUAUUUUGUCUCUUGAGAACAUUGAGUGUCACUUUCAUAGAUGUGGGUAUUUUUUUUAAAUAUGGAUGUUUUUGGUUCCCAAACAAUGAGCACUAGUAAUGAAGUGCUCUAUUCAAUGUUUUAUUUGAGAGAUUUCCUUUAAAGAUGUUUAAUUCUAUGCCAAUGAUAUACACUUAGUUGUCAUAGGAAUAUCUCUGUAAAAUUCUUUAUGCAUUUUGAAAUAUUUUAGGCUUAUCAGGGGAGAUAACUUGAUGCUUGAGCUGUCACAGACCAGGGCUAGAUUAAUCCCAGAUCUGACGGCCUAUUAAAAAGUAGAUUGAGUCUGCAUACAAGUAAAAUCUAUGAUUACCAGUCUGCUGAGCUGACUAGCUAAAAUGUUCAGUUUAAUAUUCCUAAAUAAACAAUGAUUAAGCAUACACUGUAUGUAUGUGAUACUCUUUGUACCUAUUAUUUUAUCUCCAUACAAGCACCAGUUCUUAUAGGUCCUUUUCUUGCCCUAAAAACGUAGACACCUUUUUAUAUUAACUGUCACUGAUUUACCUUUUUCAAGGGGAGAUAAUUUCCCUGCGAGUUUCACAGACAAAGGGAAAUAACUAAGAAUAGUGUGGUGAUCGAACCCUCAAUCUCCAGGUUUCUAGUCGGACACUCUACCACGGAGUCCAAGGGAAAUUCUCUCUAUCUCGAAGCAUGGAAGGCGACCAUUAUCCUAUAUACAAUUAAACUCUGCCACAACUUUAAAUUAUAGAGGCGCUGUAUAUCAGUCGAUUACAAAGGGAGAUAAUUUGUAUAGAAGCGGUUGCUGACAAGUCGAUAGCAAAUGGAGGUACAGCUUAUAUGUGUUUUAAACAAAGUUAACAGUAUAAGACAUCAUCAUGAUAGAUGUUUUUUGGUUCCAUAGAGCCUCAAAGGUAAAAUGUUGAUCAAUGACAGUAUUCAUUCCGAGUCUCCAUGACAUUUCUGUCCCAUUUAGAACAUACAAUGUUCAGUUUAGAAACACAAAUUGAUAUAUCUUUAUUCCUCUUCAAACAAGUCCCAAGAGAUGUGCCUUUCUGACAAACAAAUUGUCAUGUUAAUAUUGUAGAUAGAUAUGUAAGAUUUCUGUGUAUUAUUGUGUGAUAUCAAUGAUUGUACAUUUUGACUUAAGUACUCUCUAUUAUAUGACUAAUGUUAUUUAAGCAUUAAAUGUCACUGAAUAGAU